AUGAGCGUUGUCGGUAUAGAUUUUGGUGCGCAGAGCACCAAGAUCGGUGUUGCUCGCAACAAGGGUAUAGACAUUAUUACCAAUGAGGUUUCCAACCGUCAGACUCCGUCUCUGGUCGGAUUCAACGCCCGCAGCAGAGCCAUUGGCGAAUCUGCCAAGACACAAGAGACGUCCAACCUGAAGAACACCGUGGGUGGCCUCAAGCGCCUCAUCGGCCGCAGCUUCGGCGACCCGGAUCUCCAGAUCGAGCAGGAGUACAGCACCGCACCCAUCUGUGACGUCAAUGGCCAGGCCGGCGUCGAGGUUAACUACAUGGGCAAGAAGGAAAAGUUCACUGCUAUCCAGCUGGUGGCCAUGUACCUUCAGAAGAUCAAGGAUAUCACCUCCAAGGAGCUGAGGCUGCCCGUCUCCGAUGUUACCAUUAGCGUCCCUGCUUGGUUCACCGAUGUGCAGCGCCGGGCGAUGAUCGAUGCCGGUGAUAUCGCUGGUCUCAAUGUGCUCCGCCUCAUCAACGACACCACCGCCACUGCCCUUGGCUACGGUAUCACCAAGCUGGACCUCCCCGGCCCGGAGGAGAAGCCCCGCCGCGUGAUGUUUGUCGACAUCGGUUACAGUGAUUACACCGCGUCCAUUGUUGAGUUCCGCAAGGGUGAGCUGAACGUCAAGGCCACCGCCUACGACCGCCACUUCGGUGGCCGCAACUUCGACAAGGCUCUCACUGAGCACUUCGCCGAUGAGUUCAAGGAGAAGUUCAAGGUCGACAUCCGUACCCACCCCAAGGCCUGGGCUCGUACCCUUGCUGCUGCUGAGAAGCUCAAGAAGGUGCUGUCGGCCAACCCACAGGCGCCCCUGAGCAUCGAGUCCUUGAUGGAGGAUGUCGAUGUUCGCGCCAUGGUCAAGCGUGACGAGCUCGAGGAUAUGGUUCGCCCGCUUCUGGACCGGAUCACCGUUCCCGUGGAGCAGGCCCUCGCUGAGGCCAAGCUGAAGCCAGAGGACAUUGACUACAUCGAGAUGGUUGGCGGCUGCACACGUGUGCCCGCUGUCAAGGAAGCCAUUUCCAAGUUCUUCGGCAAGAACCUCUCGUUCACCCUGAACCAGGACGAGGCUAUUGCUCGUGGCUGCGCUUUCAGCUGUGCCACCCUCUCGCCCGUCUUCCGCGUGCGUGACUUCUCCGUCCACGACAUUGUCAACUACCCCAUCGAGUUCACCUGGGAGCAGUCGCCCGAUAUCCCGGAUGAGGACACCAGCCUCACUGUGUUCAGCCGCGGCAACGUCAUGCCCUCGACCAAGAUCCUCACCUUCUACCGCAAGCAGCCCUUCGAUCUUGAGGCUCGCUAUGCUAAGCCCGAGCAGCUGCCGGGCAAGCUCAACCCCUGGAUUGGCCGCUUCUCGGUCAAGGGUGUCAAGGCUGAUGCCAACGACGACUUCAUGAUCUGCAAGCUCAAGGCCCGUCUGAACCUGCACGGUAUUCUGAACGUUGAAUCUGGAUACUACGUUGAGGACAUGGAGGUCGAGGAGCCUGUGCCCGAGGAGGGCGAGAAGAAGGAUGGCGACGCCAUGGACACUGACGCCAACGGCGAGGAGCAGCCCAAGAAGACCCGCAAGGUCAAGAAGCAGGUCCGCAAGGGUGACCUGCCCAUUGUCUCGGGCACUGCUGGCAUCGAUCAGGCUACCAAGGAGAAUCUGACCGAACGCGAGAAUGCCAUGUACAUGGAGGACAAGCUCGUCGCCGAGACCGACGAGAAGAAGAACGAGCUCGAGUCCUCCAUCUACGAGCUGCGGGACAAGAUCGAUGGCGUCUACUCCGAAUUCGCCAGCGAUGAGGAGAAGGACAAGCUGCGGGCCAAGCUGACCGAUGUUGAGGACUGGCUCUACGAGGAGGGCGAGGACACCACUAAGUCCGUGUACGUCUCCAAGAUGGACGAGAUCCGCUUCAUCUCCGGCCCCAUCAUCCAGCGCUACCGCGAGAAGGUCGAGGCCGAGCGCGAGGCCGUCCGCAAGGCCGAGGAGGAAGCCGCCGCCAAGAAGCGCGCCGAGAUUGCCGCCCAGAAGAAGGCCGCGGAAGACGCCAAGAAGGCUGAGGAGGAGAAGAACAAGCCUGCUGCCGCUGAGGCGGACGCCGAGAUGAAGGAUGCCCCCGCGGAUGCUGACGCCGCCCAGGGCGAGACUGGAGAGAAGCAGUGA